CACACGCACACGCAAGCGUUGGCUGGGCCCAGAGGGAAGGUGAGAGGGAGUGAAGGUGGAGGGGGGUGGCACAGGGCCAUCGAAGCGUAGUUCCUCCAGCCUGGUGAACGGUGCGCCUGACUGCAGCUGGCCCUGGAGGGACCCUCCCUCCCUUGAACUUGGAGCCCCAGCUUGCCGCGGUCCUGGAGUGUCGUCCUUCUCUGUGUGAGUGUGUGCGGGUGUCUGCAGGAGUUCGCCGGCCCCCUUUACACCGGGGCUGGGCCAGGCAGCCAUGGCCGACGAGAAGACCUUCCGCAUCGGCUUCAUUGUGCUGGGGCUCUUCCUGCUGGCCCUUGGCACGUUCCUCAUGAGCCACGACCGGCCCCAGGUCUAUGGCACCUUCUAUGCCAUGGGUUGCAUCAUGGUGAUCGGGGGCGUCAUCUGGAGUAUGUGCCAGUGCUACCCCAAGAUCACCUUCAUACCCGCUGACUCUGACUUCCAAGGCAUCCUGUCCCCAAAGGCGCUGGGCCUGCUGGAGAAUGGGCUCGCUGCUGAGAUGAAGAGCCCCCAGCCCCCAUACGUCAGGCUGUGGGAGGAAGCCGCCUAUGACCAGAGCCUGCCCGACUUCAGUCACAUCCAGAUGAAGGUCAUGGGCUACCAUGAGGACCCUCACCCGCUGCUGGCCCCCCAGCCAGGAGCCAGCGAUGGAGGACAAGCUGGCUCCCGUGAUGCUCAGGGCUGGAUGGAGGCUGCGGUGGUCAUCCACAGAGGCUCGGAUGAGGACGAGGGAGGAAGCAGCCCGACUCCGAGCAGGCCUGGCCUCCAGGCCUGUCCCCGGGGCCCUGCACCCUUGGCUUCCUUCCAAGAUGAGCUGGAUGUGGACUCCAGUGAGGGCGGCAGCCCCAACCCCUCUCCCCCAGAGGGGGAGGAGCCUCAUCGCCCAGCUCAGGAGCCCUGGGCCUGCAAGUGCCAGCUGGACUGCUUCCACGACUUUGCCCUGAUUGACGCCCCCAUGACAGAGGAUGCGCCCUCAGAGAGCCAGCAGUGGGCUGCUGCCCUGUCCAGCUGUCAGCAGCCAUCCCAGAGGACAAAGGAGGAGGAAGAGAAGACUUCAGACACAGGCGCAGAGGAGCCAGAGCAGGAAGAAGAAGACUUGUACUAUGGGUUGCCAGACAGCCCUGGGGACCCCCUCCCAGACCAGGAAGUGGGCUUUGAGCCUGAUGCCCAGGCCUGAGAUGGAUCUGCUCCCUGGGUUCUAGCCCCGCACUGCUGCUAACCCCCAUGUGACCUCACAGGGCCUCAGUGUCCCUGUCUGCAAAAUGGGGUUAUGUGGAGGUUCAUGCGAGACAGAGGGCUGGAGAGCACUUGGAGGGUGCAAAGCGGAGCUCAGGGAGGGGAUGCUUGCUGUCCGGGACACAUUGCUUUCACUGUUCACUUUCUUUGGUGAAGUGUUGAAGGUAAAAUACGGUUCCCUGAGAAGAUUUGCAGCCGCUGGGGCCCUCAAGAGCCUUUUCUGCCUCCCCCUAUAGUGGGCCUCUGAACAGGACCUUCCUUGGUGCUAUCCCUGAGGCCCUGAUCCUCAGUGAAGGCUCAGGGUGCCUGUUCCUGUGAAGUCCUGUAGCCACCCCCUGAUGUCCCCUCCACUGUCCCGUACCCAGGUGGAUGGUGUGAUCUGUCUUCAUCAGAGCUAACCACGUCUAUCCUGCCCAAAUUCGUCCUGUGUUUCCCAUCGCCCCAGAUCCAAAACCUGCCAUGCCUCACCUCCGUGGACCUUCUGACUUUCUCUCUGGUCAGCCCCAUGGCACAACCUCUGCUCCUCCAAUGCCAAGUCCUCCUUCACUCCCCAAGCCCGUCCCAGGCUUGUCCCCUCCACCAGCAUGCCCUUUGCUUCCGUGUCUGGCAAAUUCAUGCUCAUCCUUCAAACCCCGGCACAGAUGCCCGUCCUCUGAAAGCUUUUCCUAAUGCUAUCACCUCCCAGAAGGAGGUACUUCUUCUGGCUCCUCUGUGCCACCUGUGGGCCUUGUACAUUGCUGGAGGGUGACUGCCAGCUCAAGGCUAGACUUCGGCACUACUCACCUGGGUAUCUCCUGUGCUCAGAUCAGCAGUCAUCGAAGGCUUACAAAACUGACAGAGCCUUUUGCAGAUAACGCCUCCGUCCCCCAACUCUUAGACCCCCAGGCCCCUCACCCUCAGGCAUUCAAACCUCCAAAUGGCCUGCAUCGGAGUCACAAAGGCAGGCAGAAAGGCCGCAGAGAAACCCCCUUCCCUGCAGAAUAUGUCUGCAUUGGCUGAGGAUGGGGGGUGAGGUGAAGCCUCCUGGCUUGAUUCGGUUGGAUUCGGGGGCAUUUGCUGAGCACCUACUGUGUGCUGAACACAAAGCCAGGACUUUUAGGAGGAGAAAGACAUAAACUGAUAAGGUUCUUGCCCUCCAAGAGCUUACCAUUUACUGAACUUGGUACCUUGUAAGCUAGGAACGGAGUGCUGAGUGCAAGCCAAGGAGGGCGCAGAGAAGUUCGAAAUGGACAGUGGAGUCCAGAGCAGCCGAGUGACAACCACACCACCUAUGGAAUGCAGGGACAGGUGGCUCAGGCUGCCUGAGCAGGCCCUGAAGAUACAUGACUGUACUGCAACUCUUCCGUGUCUCGCUUUGAUGAGGCUGAUCUGUGCUGUGUCCCCAGCGUGGACGGCAGCAGCUUCGGAGAAGGAGGCAGUGGCACAACUUCCCAUGAGGUCUGUGCACUCAGAACUUGCACCGUGGCCCACUGGGAGGAGGGGACCUUCAUCUAGGCUAGGCUUCUGGGUUAAGAGUGGGGCUCUCGGCCGAGGGAAAGGACUGCCCCAUGGGCUGAGUCAGAAGUGCAUGCCCCUGUGUUGCCUAGGUGGUCCCCAUUGCUUAAGCCUCCAUUUGGUUUCAGCUCAGGCCCUGGUCUCAGGGUC